CUGCGUCGAUGAAUUCGACGCGGUCGGGAGGCCUUGCGGAGAGACCAGCUCGAGUUGACGAGUACUUUAUGGUGCCAUCCAGUGGCCGGCUGACUACGUGACUAGCCAGAGGUCGAUACUCUGGAUGGACGGCCCAUACGUGUAGGAUGCGAAUUGCGAUGGCCAACCGCCGUCGCGUCCUCACCGUUGGCGACGGCGACAUGUCCUGCUCGCUCGCUCUGGCCAGAGCCUUUGGUGAUCGGCUGCAUCUGCUCGGCAGCACGCUCUGCUCGCAUGUGGAGCUCGAGCGUACCUACGCCGGCGCCGCGGCCAUAUCGGCCGAGCUCAGUGAACGCGGCGCUCGAGUCGCGCACGGCGUGGAUGCGACCGCCCUCGAGGCGGCCACGCUCGGCUCGUCGCAGGACCACGUCGUUUUUUGCCACCCUCACCUGGGCCUCUCUGACCUCCUGAGCGUGGAGGAGCACGCGCGGCGGCACAUCGCCCUGAUCGGCCACUUCCUCGCCUCGGCCAAGUCGCUGCUUGCGCCCGGCGGCCUGAUACACCUCACGCUGUGCGGCAACCAGCGCGCUUCCUGGCGGGUGGACGACCACUGCCGCCGGCUCGGGCUCGAAAUUGUGGACGGCAGGCACGUGGCGGCGCCGCCGCUGGGUGGGCGAGCAGGCGUGCCCGUCCCGCCCCAGCCCGAGUGGCGGGCGCGCAAGCGCUUCCGCGACGGCUCUCUCGGCUCGCGCCACGCGCUGGCGGCGUACGGGUAUGAGCACCGGCGGACCGAGGGCGGCAGCGGCGGCGAGCGCUGCGGACAAGGCGACGGCGACGUGCGCUCGGACAAGUCGGUCGAGCUGGUGAUUGCGGAGGCCACGCCCACGCCUUGCGCCGGGCCGAGGCGGCGAGAGGACCAGGCGGCGGAGUGCUGUGCCGUGUCUUGGACGGGCGGCAAGGACUGCAACCUCGCGCUACUGGCGGCGUGGCGGGACGCGUCGCUCCGCGUGGCGGCGCUCGUCGUCUUUCGGCCGGAGGGCGCCGUCUUCCGCGCGCACCCGCUGUGUUUGAUGGAGGCGCAGGCGGCGAGCCUCGGGCUGCCGCUCCUGCACGAAGCCUAUGUGCGCGGCAUCCGCCGGCUGCGCGAGCAGCACGGCGUGCGCGUCCUCGCGACCGGCGACAUGGACUUGGUUGGCACGAUGGCGCGCAACUGGAUCGAGGAGUGCGCGGAGGCCGCGGGCGUGCGCGCCUUCUUGCCGCUCUGGCAGGCGGAGCGCGCGAGCCUCCUGCGGCGGCUGCUCGCCGAGCGUUUCCUCGUCUUCUUUUCCUGCGUCAAGAGCCCAUGGUUCGAAGCCGGCUGGGUGGGGCGUCAGCUCGACGCGGCGGCCGUCUACGAGCUCGAGACGCUGGCGGCGCAGCCGGAGGCUCCGGCCGCGGCGGGCGAGCAGGUCAAGCCGCUCGACUUGGGCGGUGAGCGCGGUGAGUACCACACCAUGUGUCUCGACGGACCGCUGUACGGCCGCCGCGUGGCCGUCACGCUGACGCAGCCGCUCGAGCUUCAGUCUCAGCCGGGGCAGCGGGAGGGGGAGCGCUGGUGGACGCUCGGCUUCGCCGAGGGAAGCGUUGAGGCCGGGUGCGCCGCAGCAGCCGAUGCCGCCGCUGCCACCGGCGAAGCGCCCGUGUCAACCCCCCCCGACGCCGACGCAGACACCGGCCUGGAGGCGUCAGCUGCGGUGCAGACGUUGCGUGUGUACCCCGCCCCGACGGCGGAGAAGGCAGAGAGCAUUUUGCAAGGCGGCUUCCGAUUCCCGAGCGUCGAGGAGUCGGUGGCGCGGGGCCUCAAGGCGG